AUGGGAAUAAACGAAAUGUUCAAUUUGGCACGAGUGCCGUCCAUUCUCAUGCUCGGGUUGGUUUAUGUGACCUACGUGCUGAUUGGUGGAGUGAUUUUCUGGAAGUUGGAAGGAGAUCUUGGAAAGAAGGACAUCAGUAUUUUGCUGUUAAACAAAAAGAAGGUACUCACAACAUACAACUGUCUGAACCAAGAGGGCCUGGAGGAGGUGGCUCAGGUCAUUUCAGAUGCGUCCAAGGCGGGCCUGAGUUUGAAAGGCAACUUCACAACCGACGGCUUCUGGAGAUUCACCAGCUCAGCUGUGUUUGCUGCCACUGUGGUCACAACUAUAGGUUAUGGGAACAUAAGUCCCAGCACCACUGCUGGCCAGAUCUUCUGUGUGUUCUUCGCACUAUUUGGCAUCCCACUCAACAUGGUGGUGCUCAACAGGGUGGGCAAGUACAUUCUUGCUUUGGAGCGGAACAUUUCCGACUUCUUGGAGGGAAAGACCGGGAGAAGGAGGUGUACCCGCUUUUUUGUCCACCUGGUGUCUUACCUGACUGGAGCAGUGCUCUUCUUUGUUGUGCCCAUGAUUGUGUUCCAACUGCACGAGGGCUGGACCUUCUCUCAGGCCAUCUACUACUGCUUCAUAACCCUCAGCACCAUAGGGUUUGGAGACUUUGUGGCAGAUAGUAAUCCAGACAAAGAAUACCCAGAGUGGUACAGCAUCCUCAUGGCCUCAUGGAUCUUCUUCGGCCUGGCCUGGCUGGCCCUCGUCAUCAACCACUCCAUCGACAUCCUGGAGCGGCUCAACACACACUUCAAACAGCGAUGGAGUGGACAGAAGCCAGAGGAAGAGUCUGGUACAACAGAGGGCACCCCAGACACACAGAUGGAAGAGGACGAAGAACUUAAGAAGCCUCCAAUAACUCAGUAA